AAGCUGUCCAGGCCCUGAGGCAGCAAAGCAGCCCCAAUUGCCCUUCCACAAUGCUGCACAUAACAGUUGGGAUGAGGAUUUGAUGUGCUCCAAAAUUUUUACCACCCACAGUCAUUUUCAUUUUUUUGUAGCCCAAGAACAUUUUGAAUGUUUACACUAAUCCUUUUCCAGUUACGUAGUAUUGUUUUUUUAAACAUUGACCCCAGUUAAUAUUUAACAGGAACCUGAGCUAGCAACAUUUUCUCCUUGCUACAAGAGAAACACAUUUCACUCGAUGGAAGACCACAGGAAACAACGGUUACCAUUUUACAUCAUUCUCUUCAUGACAUUCGGGUAUCUUAACCCAUCAUUGUCUCCUCUACCAACAGCAGCACCUCUCUUCCAUAAGCCUUUUGUGCUGUUAUGGAAUGCUCCUAUUUCCAAAUGCCAACAAAUGAAGAUCCCUCUAGAUUUAUCGAUGUUCCAGGUGGUCACCACACCUUCCAGAGUACGCAAUCAAUCCCUGACCCUGUUCUACAAAAAUCGACUUGGGCUUUACCCCUAUGUAGACCUCCACUCCUUGAAGGAGUAUAACGGUGGCAUCCCACAAAGGGGCAACCUCUCUGCUAGUUUGGAGAAAGCUAAGGAAGAGUUUACCCAAUACAUUCCGGACUCAACCGCUGGUCUGGCUGUCAUGGAUUGGGAAGAGUGGCUUCCAAUGUUUGACCGGAAUUGGGACGUCAAGGAGAUAUAUAAAGAACUGUCCAUCAACUACACCCUCGAACAGAACGCUUCUCUCAACCUGCAACAAGCAAGCAUCGAAGCCAAGCGACAAUUCCAGAAGGAAGCCAGAUGUUUCAUGGAGGAAACUCUGAAGAUGGGACUCUACCAUCGACCUUUGUACUUGUGGGGCUACUACUUGUUCCCAGACUGCUAUAACUAUGACUUUGAGGAGUCAAACUAUACAGGUACUUGUUCAGAGAACACAAAACAGUUGAACAAUGAGCUGCAGUGGCUGUGGGAGGUUAGCACUGCCCUUUACCCCUCAGCAUACCUGCCGGUCUCUGUGAGUGAAAGCAAGAAUGCUGCACUGUUUGUACGUCACCAGGUACAAGAAGCAAUGAGAGUGGCAGCCCUGCCAAAACACCGCCACACUGCACCGGUCUACGUCUAUCUACGGCCUCUCUUAAGAGACCAAAAGGAGCUUUACAUGAAUGAGUUCGACUUGGUCAGCAGUAUAGGUGAGAGUGCAGCUCUGGGGGCUUCUGGGGCUGUGCUGUGGGGGGCUAGUGCUGAUUACAAAGACAAGACCUCUUGUGAAGCCUUGUCUACAUACCUGUCUGACACUUUAAACCCCUACAUCGCCAAUGUCACCACUGCGGCCCAUUUAUGCAGCAAAAGUCUCUGUCAAGGAAAUGGUCGUUGUGUCCGCAAAAACUACAACUCGGACGAUUACCUCCACAUUAGUUCAGAAAGCCACCAAAUCAUUAGGAAAGAUGGGAAAUACGUGGUCACAGGUAGCCCCUCCCCAAGUGAUUUCACUUACUGGGAAAAGAAAUUUACCUGUCAGUGCUAUGAAGACAGGAAGUGCACAGCUAUGAUACCUUCUUUUUAACAGAAAAUGUUCUAGAAUAAACAAACAAAGUAUUUGGAAAGAUGAAUUCAUUUACACUACUUCUUGUAGGAUAUCAGUUGCAGCUACAUUAACAUUUUUAAUCAAUGGCUUACUUUUAGACGACAGAAACUCAAGAAGACCCGACUUUAACAUGACCACUAUAAUGUAAUGUGUGACCAAAUUAUGCAACAAUUUAACAUGAUAUAUGAUUACAGGAUAGAAGUUGCAGACUUCAUAUAGUGGCCAAAAACAACAAGCACAACCUGUUAAUUUUUACACUAAUUAUAUUUCCAGCGCUCAUAAAUUUGUCUUUCUACAGUGUAUUGAAAUUGCCUAAUGCUGUCACAAAAUGUCAAACACAUCACGAUUUUAAACAACUUUUGAUAACACACAUGUUGGUGUCAUUACAAUAAAAUGGUGAAAAGGAAAAUGUACAAUUCAAGAAUCAGGGGCAUCGUCAAGUUACUUUACAUCUAAAAAUCCUAAGUUGAAGCACAUCUGAAAUGACAAACCUGCUACUUUCUCGAACUGCCCUUUGUUUCUCCACAUCAUUUCUGUGACACCAGGAAAAGUUUGCCUGGGGUCUGACAUGACAAGCUUCUUCUGAAUGUUAACCUGUAGACCUCACAUCAACAUGUAAGCCAUGUAUUCUUCACAGCAUGGAGAGACAACUGAAAUUCUCCUAAGAUAGUCUACUACUUCAUCCCUUGGGAAGAGUUUUUCCCAAGAGGUUGCAGAUUUCUGUAGCAACCACCAGGCGUCGCUGUCUCUACAUUAAAUACACAUUGUUUGAAACUAUAUCUGUAGAAUUCACCCUAAUACUUAAUAUUAUAUAAAUAUGAAUAGCAACUAUAAACUCAUAUUUAGCCUAUUACUAUUAUUUUGCCUAUUAAUUUUACUUAUCCCUAACUGUAGAUGGCAGUGUGGUUGCGUCACAGCACUACAGCUAGUCCAUUCCUAUUAUGAAUAUUAAUACUGAUCUCUAAGUAGGCUAUUUCAGUUAAUCUUAAUUUUUACUAAAAAGUUACUAAAUUAGGCCUAUUUUACAGAACACAUAGGUCUCUAAAGACCAGGGGCUGUAUUCACAAAACAUUUUAUCUUACCACUAAGAGUUCUCCUAAAUGGCAGUAAAAGUUCUUAGUUAAGAGUUUUCUCUUAAAACCUAUUCACAAUGCUGAUGAGACAAACUUUUACUAAGGAAUAGAGAGAAGUCUUAAGCUAAGAGAAAGGGUGGGGUUGACCUCGUUGCUAUGGUCUAUGCCAACAGUGAUUGGCUGAUGGGGAGGAGUCUCUGUCAGCGAUUUAAUCAUAGAAAUAUUGUAGAAUGAGGUAUCAUGUUGCCAUAUACAAAUAAAGGUUUUAAAAUAAAAA